CGGCAAUUUGCUCAUAUGUACUUCAAUUCAAAAACAUGGGGUAUGUUCUCCACUAGAUAUAUAGACGUAGUAGAACUCAAUGAUCCAAUGCCAGAGCAUGCGUGAACAUCGAAUACUUUGUCUUCGUGUCCAGCGCCGGGUUGGGCUAGUAUCCGGGGACCAGCAGUGUUCUGCUGGACCCGUUCGAAAUAGCAGGCAAGGAAUUCUUCUUGCAAUAGACCAGCGCGCGCAGACUGGCGGCGCAUGGAGAAGAUGGUGCGAACGCAAGUGUCGACGAUCGAGGAAAGGCUCAUAGUGCCUGCGGAGAAGGGCUAUAAUGGGGCUGGGGGGGAAAAGGAUAUUACUGUAGUGACUAGUAACAAUGAUGCAGCAGGACGAAUCAGAGGUGGUGAGCCAAGGUCCUCAUCGACAUCCUGUAACAAUUCUGGUGUGGAAGAGCAAGCGCGAUCGUCUAAGAAGUCAGAAGUCGUCUACUCCGGUGACGAUUUUCGGCGAGAAGUCUCUGACGGUGAAAACAGGAAGGAGAUCGAGGCAGUAGCAACACAUCGCGGGAUCGAAUACUAUCCUCCAUACGUACCGAAGCCCGCUAUUAAUGCUGUCGUCUCAGCAGCAGCAACGUUUUCUGAUGUUGUGCAAGAAGAUGGUCGACAGCGUAUAUUAGUAAAAGAUCCUGGUCGCGAGAUCGUCACGAAGAACGAGGCAAAAAUACCCUGCGCUGGGGCCGACGCGAAACCUACUCACAUUCCAUCCAGGUUGCCAGUCACGACACAAACUCCAGCCGAUACAUCGAGACCUCCUGCAAGAAAUUCCAACCGAGAGUCGUCGAGUGCAAUAUUAUUCGCGGUGGUUGAUGUCCUAUUCGCAAAGGGCGUGAGCUUCUUGUCGCUCUUGGACUGGCAAGAGGUGGCCUUAGUGUCGCGGGAUAUGCUAGAGAAAAGUAAGAGACAAAAGUGGUUGGGCGUCAUUGUGCUUCGAGGUUUGGUGCUUCCCUCAGACCGACGACGACUUUGGUUGCGUGCUAGUCGCACUGCUCGAAUCGUAGACCGUAUGCGUGCGUGCUUGACUUACAACAACCGAGACGGACAUGGAAAUAACGCCCCUGAGCAGCGGGCUUCUGAAGAUACUUCGACUGUUCCUUCGUCGAGUAGAUCUGUCGCUACUGAAGCGUGGACCUUCGACACUGGAAAGCUGGCCAUGCCUGUGUCUAGAAUUGUUGUAGAGACUGACGCUGAGAAUACUUCUACGCCCAAGAUAAAGGCGGGUGCAGUGACCAGCUCAGGGGACGCAGGACCAGGAAGUUGCAAAUUGACUAGCGACGAAAUCUUUGAGGUGAUCGCAGUACAAAAACUACCGGAGAUAAAGGAAACGGAGAUAGCACGUGAUGUGUGUCGUACUUUCCCGUACCUAGAGGACUUCUCAGCGCCAGAAAGGCGUGGGCGCGUGAUGCUUCAGCAGGUGCUGCGCGCAGUGUCUAUAUCACAUCCCGAGAUUGGCUACUGUCAGGGCAUGAACUUUGUCGGUGGAGUGCUGCUGAUCCACCUGCAGUUUUCUCCUGCAGCAUGCUUCUGGGUGCUCGCUGCGUUGCUGGAACACUAUGACUACAAGCAGCUGUUCGCACCUGGUGUUCCGCUUUUGGCGUACAAGAGCUACCAGUUCGCGCAAGUUGCGGAAGAACGGCACGGCAGGCUGAAGCGUCAACUUGCUCGUUACGGCUUUUCGCUCGACAUUUUCUCGCACCAAUGGAUCAUGACGCUGUUCUCGUACGUAAUUGACCCACUGCUUUGCGGAUUUCUUUGGGACGCUUUUUUCUUGCGCGGCUGGACCGCGCUUUUUGCGGUUGGUUCGGGCCUACUGAAUCUCCUGAAAGAGGAGGUGAACCAUGUUACUGGACUGGAGGAACUCUCGCGCGUUAUGAACUCACAGAAGAAAAAGGUGCGCGAUUUCCUUGUCGAGAGGCUACAGGAAAGCAUGCAAAAGGCGAGAGAACGAAAACUAGCUGGGCGCCAACGAAGUAUUCCGUCGAUUCGGAAAAACGAAGAGGAGCUCGCUGGUGUCCAUAGCAGAAAAGAACCUAUUUGCGGUCUGGCUCCAGGUUCAUCAUCAUCUUCAUCACCACCUAGAAAAAGUCCACGAGACUCUCCUAGGGAUGACGAGGAAGGCCCAUCAUCGAGUUCGCAAGCGAGCAAAAGUGCUGUUGUAGCACAAACUUCCUCAACGCUGCAAACUAGUAUAUUUCUCGGAUCGAUGGGUGACGAUCCCUUUGACAUCGAGAAUCCAUUUUCACAACACAUUGAGAAUCCAUUUCGCAGCGAAAAUGUUUAUGGUGUCGUGCAUGCGCGAGGAAGUCAACAAUUGUUCGGUGGCGUCAUCGUCGGCGGAAGCGCGUCAUCCAGUAGUUUUUCACCUUCCGCAAGAGCUGGCCUCACUGACAGAAAGACUUCAUCUCAAGAAGCAACUACAGGAUCUCUUGAAAAAAAUACAGGGCUUCUCGCGGAUGGCGACAGGAGCAGCAGCCAGCGUCGAGAGCAGGAUGCAGCAGACGUGGACGACUUGAAGCAGCAAGCGCCUCUGCCGACUUUAGAGAUCGGAUCGUCAGCCGACGGUCGAGUCUACGUCGCAGAAAGUUGCACAGAUGGCGGCUCGAUGGCGGACGAUGCGACUGCGGCACAGAUCACGACACUUGAGUUUUUGCGCGAUUUCUCAAUUGUGAGGCACCUCCAGGCGAUAGUGGCGCAGCAGCUGUACGACCACGAGGUAGAAGUAGGCUUGUCUCGUUUGCGGCAUCUAGGACGGAAAUUUCUGGUUCAGAAGUUUGCGCAAGUCCUUGAUGGCUUCCGCAUGGUGCCCAAGGCUGCAAAAGCCUCGGGUGCAUUGAGCGCAUCCGGAAAGCGCAGUCGUACGUCGAGCAAGGUUCGCGAUAGCAAGAAAAAGGAUAGUGCAUCGGCCACAGGAGAAGCAGCUAAAAGUACCGUAAGUGCGCCUACCGCGGCUUCUGCAGUCGCAAGUAAAGAGGUAAGCGAGUUGGCAGAGAGUAGAGAUGCUGCUGCGGCGUCCGCAGCAGGGGUCAAACUGGCGGAAAAUUCAAGUGAACAAGCCGGUGUAGAAGAGAAAACGGAGUCGGAGUCGCAAAGCAGAGACUCGGUCACAACAGUUUCCACUGCUGUGGGCACGUCUUCGACUGAGCCAUCCUCUGUGGCCUCAACACUUGCCUCGGACCUGGCCUCGACGAGCACUGAAAAGGGCAGCGGUGCAACAACCACAUCGCUUGGUGCCGGCGUAAUCAAAGCUGUCGGUGGUGAAGGCCGUGAUGUGCAAGUGAGUGCUUCGAGAAUCAGUGAUGUGGUAGUGGCUGAGAAAGUUCCACCGCCGCCGGCGCCGCCUCCUCCCCCAGUAAUGGAGCCUCGUUUUGACGCGUUGCCUGAAGGAUUUGAAUUUGACCAGUCCGAGUUGAUUCUUAGCAUCGACAUGAAGCACUUUGAGUGUUCUGAUCAGGCUGGUGCGAGCUCGGCGGAGGCAACUCUUAGCUUUGAUUCCCGUCGACUUUUGCGACGCUGGUCAACGGCGGCAGGGGUUUCUCCACAGAGACGGAACACCCGCGAUACGGCUUUGAAUUCACCGACAAAGAAGGCGCCAGCAAGUAGUGCGAAAACGACAGGAGGAGGGGCGGC